AUCCACCCACCCACACGCCUUCGUCAAAAAUUCUAAGUCCACCUCAUCCCGGUCGGUCGUACACAUCCGGCCGGCGCCAUCAUCUUCCCCCGCGACGCACACGCGCGUCCCACCGCCGAACCCUAGGCCGCCGCCCGCCCGCCCCUCCCACUGCUCCUCGCGGGAUCGCCCGCCGCGUGGUCCCCGCACGCGUCGACUACCGCCUCGCCGAGUCUCCAUCCGCCGCCGCUCGGAUCCUAGAUGGAGUCACUUCCACUCACAGCUGAAGCUAUUGCUUUUACCGAGAAAAAGAUGGACAUGACUUUGGAGGAUAUCAUCAAGAUGUCAAAGAAAAAGAAUCCUGGAGGCAAGAAACCCCCUAGACAGCCGAUCAAAAAACACCCAUUCCAGAGUGGGAACUCUAAUCAAGGGAAUGCCAAGGUUCAACGGUUUAUGGAAUCUAGAUCGGCCAUUAGACAAGGUUUUCUUGCACAAAGGAGGUCAAACCUUGGUGGAAAUCAGUUCCCUGUUACAAAGCAGGCUGCGAAGAAGGCUGCUGCUAUGCCAAUGCGCAACAAGGCUGUCAGAUGGAACAAGCCAAGUGCGAGUACCUUAGUGCAGAGGCAGCCUGUAGGCGAUGCUUUUCAGAAUGGCAAGGCCAAAGAGACACAGAACCAGGGAGCACCAAGGACGAUGGAUGCGCUCUUCGCACAGAUGAAGGCGCAACGCAUGAGGACCGUGCCACAACAGCAGGCAAAUCCUGCCCCUGGGUGUCAGUUCAACCAGCAGCGACGUGUUCAGCAGCAGCAAAGGCGGGGCAGAGGAUAUGGUGGCCGAAAUGUUGGCAACCAAUGAACUAGUCUUGAUCAUCAGCUGCACUGAAGCAUUGUUGCACUAGCUUCUUGGAACAAAGGACGAACCCCCUGGAAAUCUAACUUGGCUGCGUUUGUUUCUCAUAUUUUAGUUAUUGGAAGCUUGUUGACAGAAUAUUUAGUGAAGUUUGUCUGCAGUUCUCUGGUUCCCUGCUUCCGUUUCAGCAUGUAUAAUGUCCAACACAAUGUAUGGAAAUUAUUUGCUGCUAGAUUAUGCUGUCAUUUUUUUUAUUUGAACUGAUUAGGUACCUUUCUGUUCCAAAGAACUAAUUCGCCCUUUACCAUGAGUAUAAAUUAGAAAACGCCAUUAAUGUGA